GCCAGCGGCUCGGGAACGGAGCAGCUCGAGGCUGCUCGGCGUCUCUUGUCGGGCUUGGACACAAUUUAACCCCCUUCCCCUCCCGGUGGGCUGGAGAAGAAACCUUUAUUACCGCUUCAAGAAUGUGACUCAUAAAUAUCUGCUUCGGACUGUCUUUUUUUUCUUCAUUAUUUGUUUUAUGCCACCGUAAGCGGUCUUGAUUUUCCCGGCAGAGUGGACAGUUUGAUCACAUUUCUUCGACAUAAUUUCUGUCAUGAUUGGCUACUCAGUGCGGAAUACACCUGGGCUGGUUUCAGGGUAACCUUCCAGGAUUACAAGAUAGCAUUUUUAUUUUUACUCCCGGGAGUGGGCAUUACUAUGUCCAGGAGAAAACAGACCAACCCCUUCAAAGUUAACUGUAGGUAUUUCAGGGCCGUUCCACACUUCAGGCUUAACAGGACUUCAGCACACUAUUAACAUGGAUGGCAGGGAUGAAUUCACCGAAGACAGCGAAUGCUGCAGUAACAACUCACAGGAAGUCCAAGGGCAGGAUAGCCUCUCAGAAGAAAGCGAUAGUGACCUUGACAACCACGGUGAAGAUUCGUCCUCCAACACCUCUGUCGACGACCACAUGACCACCAAGAGAGCACAGUGCCGCCUACAAGGAGCGGGAGUCAAAGAGGAGAGUGAGGAAGGGGCAGACCACAGCAACAACUUUGUUUGUCCUCUGUGCACACUGGAUUUCAGCAGCCCUGAGAAGCUCAUCUCACAUGUCUACCAGCACACAACCAUGAUGAGCAACACCAAGAGCUACGUGUGCCCAGUGUGUGGGCGAGCCCUAAGCUCUCCUGGCUCACUUGGACGGCAUCUUCUCAUCCACUCGGAGGACCGCCUCUCCAACUGCGCUGUCUGUGGAGCACGCUUCACAGACACCAACAACUUUAACAGGGAGAAGCUUCAAGAUGUUCUUGACACGUCCAGGCUGGACGUCAUCAGUGGCAGGGACUCCUGUCCCAUGUCCCAGUCCCUCUCCAGCAGCCCCAUGAGCAGCCCAGGUUCUGUUACUCCCUCCUGUCAUGGACCUGGCCCUAGUCCCAGUUCAUGUCAGGGUCCAUGCCCAUGUCAAGCUCCUGAACCCAGUCCCAACUUAUGUCAAGACAACCGUACCUGCCAGGGCUCCGGCCACAUCUCAAACCAGUGUCAAGGCCCCAGACCGUGUCAUCACUCAGGUUCUGAAUCUGGAUCAUGUUCAGGCCCUGGAACAUGCACAGGGUCUGACCAAGGUCCCUCUUUCCCUUCACUGCCUGAUAGUCUCCUGUCUGAAGGGCCAUCACUUGCAUCUAUUCCCGAUGCUCUCAGCUCUUCUUCCUCAGGCCUUCCUCCUAUUCCUGACAUCCUAAGCCCCAUGCCAGUGUAUCCUGCCGGAGUGCUGCUGGUGUGCAACAGCUGUGUGGCCUACCAGCAGUUAGUGGAAGCCCAGUCACCGAUGCGAAAAUGGGCUCUGCGUCGGAAGAAUGAACCCUUGGAAGCUCGCAUGCAGCGUCUAGAGCGCGAGCGCACAGCAAAGAAGAACAAGCGUGCCUGUGAGACAGAAGAGGAGCGGGAACUAAGGAGGCUGCGGGACCGCGAGGCCAAGCGCAUGCAGAGGAUGCAAGAGACAGAGGAGCAGCGAGCACGCAGGCUGCAGAGGGACCGUGAGGCCAUGCGUUUAAAGAGGGCCAACGAGACCCCAGAAAAGAGGCAGGCCAGGCUGAUCCGGGAGAGGGAGGCAAAGAGAAUCAAGCGACGGCUGGAGAAGAUUGAUCCUGCUCUGAGGACACAGAUAGAGCAUGAUCCUGCUGCAAUGGCUGCCCUCACAGCAGACAUGAGUCUCUUUCAGUUCCCCUGCCCUAUGCCUGUUUCUUCCAUUGAUAAUGGUCUGUUUAUGAAACUGCCCUAAUAAGAUAGGCCACUGGGGGGACCAAGUGUCUUCUAGCAGCAUGCUUAACCUGUGCACUGUGCCAUCAGGUUGCCAUGGUCACAGUGGACAAUUCCUGGCUGGUUCCUUACCAGCUUCUUCUGUGUUGAACAGCUUCAUAUAAACUGCUUUGCUAAAAUACAGAAAGGAAACUACUUCAAUUAUAAUUUAUUAAAGUCUAGAUUCCCUUGGGAACAGGGUUAAGAAUGUUUGUUUCAUAUUGUAUUGAUAAUAAGAGCAUGUUGUAAAGAGAUUUAUCUGUUCGUCAGUGGACUAGCAGAUUUAACACAGUUCAUUCUAGUGGGAGCAGUAAUACUUCCUUUGAGAAAAGAAAAAUCUUUUGCACAUGGACCCUAAAUUAGUGGAGUGGGGACUUUGCAACCACAGCCCCCUCCUUUAUGGUCCACUCCGCCAGCCCAGUGACUGACUCACCGUUAGCUACACCUCUCUCUUCAAGCUACCGUGGGAAGUUCAUGUUCAAACUACUACCUCAGCUGGUGCCGUGGUCGCACUCUGUCCUGUGGCUUACAGCAUUCCAACUCCAAGCUUCCAAAGCUCUAUACUAACUGUACACUUUCAGAGGAUGCAUGUUGUUUUCUGCCAAUUUGUGUUUGUUUUUAUCAUUCAGGCACUUUAAUAGGACACAUUCAUUGAUUGGAGCAAGUCAUUUACGAACAUACAGGUUCAGUCUGUAUGUCUGAGUUGUGAUUCUCAAGCCUCUCAGUCUGAAUGUUUGUCCUAUUGAAAUUUGCCCCGUAUGAAGCAACAUUGCUUUCAUCUCCUGACUUGAUUCUUUAGGCAUCCACCUCCUUACAUUCUCUUUGCCAAGAUCUAAAUCUUUUUUUUUUUUUUGUUACAUUCAAUAUUUUGCCAGCACCAUUUAUUUAUUUAUUUUUUUACUUCUCUGGCUCAUAAAAGCUGUCUGUGCUGCUGUUAUUGUACUGUAUAAUACAUUAGUUACCUCUUAUAUAUACAUUCUGGGCUCAUUACAUUAAGGAAUAUGUGCUAAAAUGUUUUCCUAAGUGGUUACAAUGAAAAAGUACCUAAUGUGUUACCUGUUGACCUCAGAAAUUGUCACAUUACUUGAACUCUGCCUGCAAAGUUGCAUUUGUUUUUCUGCUAUUUAGUAAACAGCAACAUGAAAGUUUGUUGUUAGUAUUGUAUAGAGAAUCAUGCAUAGAUAGCGUAACCUCUUCUUUGUGCAAUUUCUGUAGCAUUCACAUACUUUAUAAGGCUGCAGUAUCUUCAGAAUGGGUAAACAGUAUCACUUAAAUUUAUGUUGUUUUUCUGUUUUAUAUCCACAAUUGGGGUGAAACCUUUAUUAAGUCUCAAAAGAGGUGGAAAUUAUUUAAAAAGCAAAUGAUAUAAUGAUUUUGUUCCACUUAAUUACUGUGCUUUGGGACUAAAUUUAUACCAGGAAGUUUUAUUCAUAUAUUUUCAUUAACUUCAUUCCAGCACAUAUUUAUGCAAUAUGAUAUAUUUUACUUGUGUUUGGGGUAUUUUUUGUUAGUGUAACAUUGUUUUACUGUAGAGGCCGUGUUUGGAUAUCCCUCGUUUAAUUUCCUGCCUGUAAGGUUACCUCCAGUUUUUCUUGACUUCGCCUCUCCAGAUGCAAAACUCUUCAGUGUCGAAUGAGCAGUUUCAGAAAACUUCUUCAAGGACAAGCAGUGUUUUUGUUUGAAUCACUCCUAGAUGAGUCAGUCUACCUGGCUGUUUGUUACAGCAAAUUUAUUAAAGAAAAAUAAAUAUUUAUAUACUGGUGUAUAGGAACCUUUGGUCUCAUCCUCAAAGGCUUUCCUAGGAGUGCAUCAAACUUCUAUGCAAACAAUGUGUUAUUUGUUAAGGGAAUUGAUUUCACUUUCCACUGAAACUAUGCAGAAUGCGACUUUAAGGUUUUAGUUAAAACAGAUUUUUAAAAAUGUCAGCUUCUCAGGCAAUUUAACUCAGUGAGAGGGCUCAGCAUAGAUACAACACCACAGUCCGUAAGAUUAAUUCAUUAUCCACAUGUUACAGUGUAAUGUUAACAGCAAUGGGCAGUUUUGUGACUUUUCUAGAGUUGUGACUCUUAAGACAUGCUUUUUUCUUCCAAGUUCAACACAUAAAAACAACAGAGUUUCACAGCCAUGCAAUUCAUUACACUCUCAUACUAUGAAUACUGGGUAUUCUCAGAAGUCACUCUUCAAAAUUGCUGCGAUCCACGUUGUCUCGCAGUGGUCGGAAAGGCUCUUGCAGCGAAAGCUGUGGACUCAUUAUUGGUUUUUGCGAGCAGUAUUCCCACUCUGAAUUUGGUAAACACUGCAUGUUGUUAAACUGCACUUGUCCUAGAACGAUUCAACGUGAGUUUGUGUUAUACUCUUACUUUAUGCCUGCCUGUUUUUUUUGUUUUUUUUUACAGUUUAAUCAAACAUGUUUAAAAAUAAUGUUGGCCUUUGUAUCUUAAUUCUAUCAGGAGUUUUUCUCAAUGUCCAUGUUUACAAAAUAAAUUUCUCUGAUCAAGGCCAAAUGAAUGAGCUAAACUGCUAACAACAUGUUAGUCGUGGUGACAGUGCAUUCUGACUGGAUGGCACUUUAGGAACGCCAUCUCCGUUACCAGAUUAACAGAUGUACAGGUCGUAUUGAAACCUAGGUAAAGAAUGUGGAAAUAAACGUUGA